AUGUCGGGCAUUUGCCGUACAAGGCUGCAAGAAGAGAGAAAGCAGUGGCGUCGUGACCAUCCUUUUGGGUUUUAUGCACGUCCGGAAAAGGAGGCUGAUGGCUCCUUGAAUCUCUUGGUAUGGGAAGUCGGUAUCCCAGGCAAGGCCAACACGCCCUGGGAAGGUGGUGUGUACAAACUAAAGAUGUAUUUCCCUGAAGAGUACCCAUCAAAACCCCCGAAAUGCAAGUUCACUCCGCCUCUAUUCCAUCCCAACGUGUUUCCGUCUGGCACUGUAUGCCUCUCCAUUCUAGACGAAGAAAAGAGCUGGAAGCCGGCUAUCACCAUCAAACAAAUCCUCUUGGGUGUCCAAGACUUGCUCAAUGAUCCUAACCCUGGCGACCCAGCGCAGGCUGAUGCGUUCCAUUUGUUCAAACAAGAUCGCGCGGCCUACGAGUAA